CGCUCUCGAUCUUGGAACCCCCGUGGUUUGAGUUGGUACGGUCCGUCACUGCCGGUCUCGACAAUCUUGACAGGCCAGAUGCUGGGCUUCCUGAAGCAGCCCGUUGUCCUUUCGGUGGAAAUAAACGUCAACCUGCUGGUUUUAGCUGCUGCUGGAUUAAUAAGCCGGCUGUGGGCGCUGUCCUACCCCCGAGCUGUAGUUUUCGAUGAAGUUUACUAUGGACAGUUCCUCUCUCUGUAUAUGAAGCAGAUCUUUUUUGUGGAUGACAGCGGCCCGCCCUUUGGUCACAUGCUUUUGGCUUUUGGAGGUUACUUAGGUGGAUUUGAUGGGAACUUUUUAUGGAACCGAAUCGGUGCAGAAUAUAGUUCCAAUGUGCCGGUAUGGACCCUGCGGCUGCUGCCUGCAAUUGCGGGUGCCCUGUGUGUUCCUUUGGCAUACCAGAUAUUGGUGGAGCUGCGUUUUUCACACCUCAUUGCACACGGAGCUGCUCUGCUAAUUCUGUUGGAGAACUCCCUGAUCACUCAGUCUAGGUUGAUGCUAUUGGAAUCUGUCUUAAUCUUUUUCAUCUUGCUGGGCGUUUUAUCCUAUUUGAAGUUCUAUAAUUUACAGAGGCAGAGCCCCUUUUCUUCAAGAUGGUGGUUUUGGCUUUUCCUAACAGGAUUUUCCUGUUCUUGUGCAAUUGGAGUAAAAUACACAGGCCUCUUCACCUAUAUUCUACUUUUGGCCAUGGCAGGAAUGCACUCGUGGCAACUAAUCGGUGAUCAGAGCUUGCCAAAUGUUUCUCUGCUGUGUCACUUGCUUGCCAGAGGACUGAUGCUCUUGGUUAUGCCUGUAGCCACAUACCUGUUGUUCUUCUAUGUCCACUUGGCUUUGCUGUAUCGCUCUGGGCCGCACGACCAGAUCAUGACCAGCGCAUUUCAGGCGAGCUUAGAGGGCGGGCUGGCUCGGAUCACUCAAGGACAGCCUCUGGAGGUGGCGUAUGGCUCUCAGAUCACCUUGCGGAACAUCUUGGGCAAGCCCAUGCCCUGCUGGCUGCAUUCUCACAAGAACACGUACCCCAUCAGGUACGACAAUGGCCGCGGCAGCUCCCACCAGCAGCAGGUGACGUGCUACCCUUUCAAGGACGUGAAUAACUGGUGGAUUGUGAAAGAUCCUGGCACGCAGCAGCUGGUGGUCAGUAACCCGCCACGUCCCGUGCGCCACGGAAAUAUUGUGCAGCUGGUCCACGGGAUCACGACACGCUACUUGAACACGCACGACGUUGCUGCCCCGCUGAGCCCCCACGCCCAAGAGGUCUCCUGCUACAUCGACCACAACGUCUCCAUGCCAGCGCAGAACCUCUGGAGAGUGGAAAUUGUGAACCGGGACUCGGAUGGGGACAUUUGGAAGACGAUCCUGUCUGAAGUAAGAUUUGUCCAUGUGAACACCUCAGCAGUGCUGAAGCUCAGUGGAGCGUCCUUGCCUGAAUGGGGCUAUCGGCAGCUGGAAAUUGUUGGGGAGAAGAUUUCCAAGGGCUACCAUCAGAGCAUGCUGUGGAAUGUAGAAGAACACAGAUACGGGAAAAGCCAAGAGCAGAAGGAGAGGGAGGCGGAACUGCACUCGCCCACACGGAUCAGCAUUGGCCGGAACCUCAGCUUCAUGGCCAAGUUCACGGAACUGCAGUGGAAGAUUUUGACUCUGAAAAAUGAAGACACAGAGCACAAGUACAGCUCGUCCCCCCUGGAUUGGAUUACUAUGGACACCAAUAUUGCCUACUGGUUCCAUUCAACCUCAGGGGCCCAGAUCCACCUUCUUGGAAACGUCGUCACCUGGAUGUCAGCCAACGUGGCAACUCUUGUAUACGUGGCUUUGUUCUCCUGGUACCUCCUCCGGCGGCGGCGGAAUAUCCACGACAUCCCCGAAGAUGCCUGGUGGCAGUGGGUGUCAGCUGGAGGGCUCUGUGUGGGCGGCUGGGCAGUGAACUACCUCCCUUUCUUUCUGAUGGAGAAGACGCUCUUUCUCUACCAUUACCUCCCGGCCAUUACCUUCCAAAUACUGCUCGUUCCUGUCGUCCUGCAGCACACGAGUGAUCAUCUUUGCAGAUCAAAGCUCUCCAAGAGUAUGCACAAUGCUUUGGUCGUGGCUUGGCUCUCUUCUGUCUACCUUACCUACCACAAGUUCCGACCACUCACCUAUGGGGAGCCUGCCCUUUCCAAAGCUGAGCUCCAGAACCUGCGCUGGAAGGACAGCUGGGACCUCCUGAUCAGGAAGCAGUGAAGAAGAAACAGUUCCCAGAGAAUUGGGCCCCAGCGGGUGUGGAACCACAACAGAAGGGUCCUAACAAGGCUUUGAGGCUUCAGGGCUGCCACAUUUUGAACCAAGUGCAAGAAUCUGGGUGUGUGAACCCAUAUUCUGGCACAGUCCAAUUGGCAGUGCAUUGACUGUGAAUUCCUGCUCUCAACAAUUUUCACCCAAAGUGUCAAGGGGCAGGAAACCUCCCCAGCUGCAACGGAAAAUACAGUGGAGAAACCUAGGAACUGCCAGCACACUCAAGGCGAAGGAAUGACAGGCUGCCUAGGGAAUAUUGCCACUUCCUUGAGAGCAGGGAAAAUCACCGUCUGAACAAACAGGACCUGGAUUGGCCUCUACAGAUGGGAAUCUUGGCAUGCAAGAGCAGGUUCCCAACUGGUGGGUGGAACUCCUGGGCCAGGAACCGUGCGAGGGCCUCGAGCAACGUAGUAAGAUCAUUCCAAGCAGGUAGUGGCUUGGAAGCGUUUUUGUUUCUUUGUGACUUACUGUAAGCCAUCCAGUGAAAAGGGAGGUGGGUUUCAGGCUUGCUCGCCUGAGGACAUUCGCUGUCAGUCGCCUACAGCAAGGAAGAACGUGAUCCUCUACCCUAGCCGUGUCCUGCUCCUUGCAGGGGAAGGUUGGCACUUGGAGGCUUAGCUGUCUUAGAGAAGAGUCUGUUCAGCAGUGCAGAGAAGUAAGCAAUCCCCACUAGCCCAGAAUUCUAGACUGCAUAGAACAUAGCCACUUUAAGAAAUUCAUAGAAAAAGCCACUUUAAGGAAUUCAUUGGUAGCCAAAUAGUAAA